CAGAUAAGAUUAUAGGCUUUGGUAGGACUGGAAUUGGCAAGUGUAAAGGCAGGGGUUGCCUGUGCCUGCACCAAGCUAUUUCCAGCUGGGAGAAUGGUUCUGCCCUGGGUCCCGCUGCUGCUUCUCUUAGGUCGCCAGCUCCUGGCGAGUCCUAUCUUAUACAGAGCAGAAACAACUAAGCCAGAAGACCCAAUUGUCAAGGAUCAGUACUUCCCUCCUACAUUGGAGUUUGCCGUGUACAAAUUUAACCGUCUCAAUGAAGACCAGUUUGCUUACAAGUUGUUGAAAAUCCUGAAUGCCAAGAAAGUGGACGUGGAUUCUCCAUUGGUUUUCGCCAUGAAUGUGAAGCUGGGCAGAACCAAGUGUUACAAAUUUGAGGACAACAUUGACAACUGCCCUUUUCAAGAUACCCUAGGGCGGAAAAGGACCCUCAACUGCUUCUUCGUAGUCAGUACCUAUCCUUGGAGAACAGCUUUCGAACUCCUGAAAAAUGUGUGUACGUACUGACCCCUUUGACUGGGAUACAGACAAAAGCCUAUCCACAUGCUUCUCUCCUCCUAUGAAUACCAGCACUUCUCUCAAGGUGGCACUUUAAUGGCUAAGCAUGUCAUGUAUGCUUGCUUGUUCCUGAUCAAGUAUGUGGAUAUUAUCUAAGAAAAUACACACUGCUCCAGUUUCAUCACACCAAAUAAUUCAUUAAACAUUGGCAUUUCUAAAACUU